AUGGGUUCCUUGUUUUCUUUCUUCAUCCACCCUUUUGACACGAUUAGACCACGAAACAACGACGAUGAAGGAAACGUCGACGACUUACUCUAUCACCUCACCAUUUUUUUCGCCUUUGGGAUCUGGACAGUAGUCAGACGAUACCAAACAGCGCGGAACAGAGCGAUACCCUUCAAACAUGCGGCCUUAGAGGCCUCAGACCCAAACUACUCCGACGGAGUAUUUAUCCAGAAUCCUACUAUCAAUAGCCACAGAAGCAACCGAGACGUUGCUCCAGCCUAUGAAGUCCCAGGCAGAGAAUACAUAACCAGCUUUGAUCCUGCGACUGGCCUUCACCUAAACACCUUCCCCGCGGAUGAGACGCAGGAGAUUACUGACAAGAUCAAUCGGGCGGCUUAUGCUCAGACGGAAUGGGAAAAGACGACAUUUGCCGACCGGAGACGAGUGGUCCGUAGCUUGAAGAAGUGGUUGGUGGAGAACCAGGACAUUUGUGCCCAGACGGCUUGUCGGGAUACCGGAAAGACUCUUAUCGAUGCUGCAUUGGGAGAAAUCUUGACAACGUGCUCGAAGAUGGACUGGCUCAUCGACCAUGGCGAGAAGUACCUGAAGCCGGAAACGAGGAGCUCCCCUUUCAUGCAGAUCUAUAAGAAAUCUCAGGUCCACUAUGAACCUAUGGGCGUCGUUGCUGCCAUUGUAUCGUGGAAUUAUCCAUUACACAAUGCCUGGUCACCUAUCCUGGCUGCUAUAUUUGCUGGGAACGGCGUCGUCUUGAAAUGUUCGGAACAGGUGGUUUGGUCGACGACUUGGUUCAUUGGUGCGAUUCAUGAAUGCAUGCGUGCUUGUGGCUUCAAUCCGGAACUCGUACAGGCAAGUGCACGCAUCAAUCUCGUGUGCUGCUUACCUUCGCAAGCCGAUGCUCUCACUCGCUCACCUGUCAUCAAACACAUCACUUUCAUUGGUUCAGAACCUGUCGGCCGUUUGGUUGCAACAGCCGCAACAGAGCAUUUGACGCCUGUGACCAUGGAGCUUGGCGGAAAGGACCCAGCAAUCGUUCUUCCUGGUACUGACAUCGACAAGUGGGCAAGCGUCUGGAUGCGCGGCAUUUACCAAAAUGCCGGGCAGAACUGUAUUGGGAUCGAACGCCUCAUCGUCCAUUCGUCGCAGUAUGAGGAUGUUUAUGCGCUCAUUGUCGAACGCGUUCGUGCCCUCCGUCUUGGUUCCGCCUUAUCCGCAGAAGGUGUCGGCUCUGGUGUGGAUUGUGGCUCCAUGAUCUCGAGCGAACGAUUCCAACAGCUCGAGGACAUUGUCGAUGAUGCUCGCAAUCAGGGCGCUCGAGUAGAGCAUGGCGGCAUGCGGAUGCGCCACCCUUACCUGGAGCAUGGCGCGUAUUUCACCCCGACUGUCAUCGGCGACGUCACGAACGACAUGAACAUUGCCCAGAGAGAACUGUUUGCUCCCGUCGCCCUCUUGAUGCCCUACGAGACUAUCGACGAGGCUAUUGCCAUUGCUAAUGGCACCAAGUUUGGGCUUGGUGCGAGCGUCUUUGGCCCGGAUCAGUAUUUGUGCAUGGACGUCGCGAAACGGCUACAAUGCGGUAUGGUAUCCAUCAACGAUUUUGGUGUCACAUACUUGAACCAAGACCUUCCUUUCGGUGGUUUCAAGGCCAGCGGUUACGGACGAUUCGGUGGGCCAGAGGGACUUCGUGCUCUGACAAACGUUAAGGCCAUCGUCUCCGAUCGCUGGCCAUGGCUCAUCCAAACGAAUAUCCCCCGACCUCUGGACUACCCUAUCCGAUCUCUCUCACAGGGCUGGGACUUCGUGAGCGGGCUCAUAGCGCUGUUCUACGCAGAUGGUUGGCGCGGUCGUAUCGACGGUCUGAACCAGCUGAUGAAUAAUCGGUAGUGUGAUUGCACGUUCGAACAAGGUUGCCGUACCAUCACGGGAGUCUGUAUAGUGCUUCUUCAUUUGCGAUACCUUCUUCAUCCCUCCCUCUCACUUUCUCCUGCCAUUUACUUUGCUGGAUCUAUACGGAUAUAUUUUCCUUCUACGCUUGCUGACCGUGCUUUCAUUGCAUCUGCGAUGAGUAAUAUUUUUGGAACUUGGUGCGCAAGCUGGACGAUUUUAUCUCACACAUCGCACAAGAUGCAUGUCGGGACAAACGUGAUGCUGGUGCCUGUGCGUCGAUCAGCUGUCUAUUCUCAACUCUCUUUGAAACGGCUGCAAUCUAGGUCCUUACCUGAGCCUCUUGCUACUGCUUCCAGUCGUACAUACACUAUUUUGACAAUCCAUCUGGAGAAACACGCUCUUAUGAGCGGUGCUUCGAGUCGC